AUGUUUGAUAUGAGUGUAAUUUGCAAGCAAGUCAAUAAAUAUGAAGCUUCAGUAAACAUGAGACAACUUUUGCUUACGAUUUGUGAGGCAACAAAAAGAAGUAGGAUAGCUAUCAUUGCUUUUACACUAAUCGAUGCAAAUUAUAUCGCAUACUUAACUUUUCGUAGCUAUUCUCAAGCUUCAAUUACCGAGAAACUAUUCUUACUAAUAAAUCCUCAACAACAAUCACUCAUAAAAUGUUUAAAAUUGUUCUGCAUUUUCAUUUACGAAGAAGAAUCAAAUCUCAACUCUGAACAUAGCAGUUGA